GCCUCACUGAGGCCACAGCUCUCUGAGGGCACGACUCAUCCCAGCCCGGCCCCAGGGCUCUGAGGUGCGGCCCUUCUAGCCGAGCGCGGCAGUGGAGACUCUAUGGUGCGGCUUGGCGCGGCGGCCCUUCUAGCCGGGCGGAGCUGUGGAGACUCUAUGGUGCGGCAGCCAUGAGCGGCGCGGGCUGGACCCGGGAGGAGGCGGAGGUGGCGGCCGCCGGCGGCCCCGAGCGGCCGCUGGGUUCCAGCGAUGCAUCUCCAGAUGAAGGAGUAGUAGAAGAUCUGCCUAUAAUAGAUGAGAAAGCUGUGGAGCAGUUAACUGAAGGAUUGAUUUCUCAUUAUUUGCCAGAUCUUCAGCGAUCAAAAUCAGCUCUACAUGAACUUACACAGAACCAAGUGGUAUUACUAGAAACAUUAGAACAAGAAAUUACAAAAUUUAAAGAAUGUAACUACAUUCUUGAUGUCGAUGCCUUGUUUUCAGAAGCAAAAAACUAUCACAGCAAGUUAGUGAAUAUUAGAAACGAAAUGAUGAUGCUCCAUGAGAAGACAUCUAAGUUAAAAAAAAGAGCACUUAAGCUGCAACAGAAGAGGCAGAAAGAAGAACUAGAACAAGAACAACAACGUGAGAAGGAACUUGAAAGAGAGAAGCAAUUAACAGCAAAACCUGCUAGGAGGACAUGAAAGCAGAGCAUGCAAUAACUUGUACAAAUUAAUCAUUUCUGCAUUCUCUGGAAUGAAGGCAGACUUUGAUUAAAUUGGGCUAUAGUUGUUACUAGCAACAGUCUACUCUGCUAUUAUAAAUUCCAGAAUGUUCAUAAUCAGUUAGAAACAUUGACAUUUUUCAUUUCAGCCAUUCAAGUUGCCUUCUUUUGUAAUGCUAUGCAGUUUGAUACUAUUAUAUACUAUUAUAAUGUAAGUUUUUCUUUUUUUUUUUUUUCUAAAUAUAUAUAUAUAGGAGAACCUAAUAAUCACAGUUCUUUGAAUACC